CCAUACAUUACCUCUGCCCAUGCCAUCAAAUCUCCUGAUAUUGCAGUCCAACGACGUCGUUUCAUGCUUGCAGAGAAUCUAUCUUCCUGCCAGUUCUGGGAUUCUGCACUCUACUUUAAGCGCGCACCAAUUAUCAAGAACCAUACAAGUAAAUGUCAUCUCUUUCCUAAAUCUACCAAAUAAUGUAAACAGGAUUUCAUUCCCCACUCUGAUUUUCCUCCAUUUGAAAUCGUCUGGUCUUUCCCCCACCUUUCCAAAAAACUUGGUAGUUCGAUGGCUGUCAGAAUGGGUUCUUUCAGGCAUAGCCUGUUAGAGAAGCGAGAAAGGUUGCUCUCUGUAAAGGGCUACUCAGAACUAAGAUUUGCAGAUAUCGAUUCAAGCGAAGAAGACGACCCGGUUCGUUGCUGCUCGUAUCGUUUCAUUUCUGAUAAGAUUACGAGCUUCUUAAGGAACGUGCAAGAUGUCGCCACUAACGCAUGGCAUAUGGGUAUUUCUGAUCCGAGAAAGAUUAUGUUUUCCGCUAAAAUGGGUUUGGCUUUGGUGCUCGUUUCGUUGGUGAUCUUCUGGAAAGAAUCUCCGAAAGAGAUGAGCCGGUACUCUGUUUGGGCUAUUCUUACCGUCGUUGUCGUUUUUGAGUUCAGCAUUGGAGCAACUCUCAGCAAAGGAUUUAACCGUGGGCUGGGAACAUUUUCAGCCGGAGGACUUGCCCUGUGCAUGGCAGAGUUGUCAACAUUGGCUGGAAAAUAUGAAGAAGCUGUGAUUAUCUUUAAUAUCUUCAUCAUAGGAUUUUCUGCAACUUAUGUCAAACUGUACCCGACAAUGAAGCCCUACGAAUAUGGAUUUCGAGUGUUCUUGCUGACGUAUUGUUACAUAACAGUAUCUGGCUACAGGACUGGGGAAUUUAUCCAUAUAGCCAUAUCAAGGUUCCUGCUUAUUGUACUGGGUGCUGGUAUAUGUUUGGGUGUUAACAUAUUCAUUUAUCCCAUAUGGGCUGGAGAGGAUCUGCAUAACUUGGUCGCAAAAAAUUUCAUGAGUGUGGCAACUUCUUUAGAAGGUUGUGUUGAUGGUUACCUAAAGUGUGUUGAGUACGAGAGGAUCCCAUCCAAAAUUCUAACAUACCAAGCAUCUGAUGAUCUUGUCUACAAUGGUUACAGAUCAGCUGUAGAAUCCACUAGCCAAGAGGAUGCUCUGAUGGGUUUUGCAAUUUGGGAACCACCUCAUGGUCCUUACAGAUCUUUCAGAUAUCCGUGGAAGAAUUAUGUCAAAGUUAGUGGUGCACUGAGGCAUUGUGCAUUCAUGGUCAUGGCAUUACACGGAUGCAUUCUUUCUGAGAUACAGGCUCCAGAAGAUAAAAGACAGGUUUUUCGUGAUGAGCUGCAAAGGGUAGGAGCUGAAGGUGCUAAAGUGUUACGUGAACUUGGGAAUAAAGUUAAGAAGAUGGAGAAAUUAGGCCCAGUAGACAUACUCUAUGAGGUGCAUGAAGCAGCCGAGGAGUUGCAAAGCAAGGUUGAUCGGAAAUCAUACCUACUUGUCAAUUCAGAGUGCUGGGAAAUUGGAAACCGUCCAGAACCCCAAGGCUUCAUGGACUUGGAUGAUAACAGAGAAAAAGUGCUCGAACACAAGUCCCGUAGUGAAGCUAUACUAGAUCUCAGAACAGUUGUUAUACCAAAGAGUUGGGAUAAUAAUAACCUUGGUGCUGGUCUAAAAUCAACCUUCCCUACAGAAACAUCUACUCAAGAAAAAUUCAAGAAACAGAUAUCAUGGCCAGCACGAGUUUCUUUCAAUGCUGAUGCAUUGCCACAAUUAGAAGAAUCCAAGACAUAUGAAAGUGCAAGUGCAUUGUCUCUAGCAACUUUUACAUCACUUCUGAUUGAAUUUGUGGCGAGGCUGCAAAAUCUUGUUGAUUCAUUUGAAGAGUUGAGCGAGAGAGCAAAUUUUAAGGAACCUCCCGAGCUACCAGCAGCAGCACAAGGACCGAUUGGGUUUUGGACUAGAUUGCAUAGGUUUUUUAAGUCUUGAAAUUAUUUGAGAAUUUCUAGUUACAGAUUAUACGCAGAUAGAUUUGACUGGUAAAAUAUUAAUGUUGGUCGUAGAGCCUAAUCAUUAGAGUUCAUAUAGUUGGUGUAAACAAGGCGGAACCCAGUUUAGUGCCAGUUCCAGAUAUAGGGAAUACUCGUUGCUGUAAUGGACAUAACUUGUUAGACGGCCUAUUUUUUAAGGGUCUGAAUCUGAUUGUUGGAGUGAGUUGAUUCCAGAAUUGGUGAAGCAGGUUUUUGUGAUUGAAUGUGACAUGAGAAUGGAGUAUAAAAUAUCAGAGAAGCAAGAAAUACAACUGGAGAAGUUGGAAAUGGAGCAGAUGUUUUUGGAUAUUUUUCUGCCGUAACUGAAAGAUAUUAUUAAUUCAUUCUGCAGAUUAGUUCAAGUAAUCAUUCUGCAGAUUAUGUUGGGUUAAAUGUAUUGGUUGAAUUUAAUUUCUGAAUGGCUAUUUUGAUCUUGGGAUUGAUCAUGUUGGAUAA